CCACCAAGGCGCUGCAGCGGUGGUGCCGCCAGCAGUGCGAGGGCUACCGGGACGUGAGCAUCACCAACAUGACCACGUCGUUCCGCGACGGCCUGGCCUUCUGCGCCAUCCUGCACCGCCACCGGCCCGACCUCCUGGAGAGGAGGCCACGUGACCAUGGAGCCCGAGAUUGGAGUGAUGGGGCCACAAGCCAAGGAACGCCUGGAACCCGUGGAACAAGGAACAGAUGUCCCGCGAGCCUCCGGAAGGAGCACGGCCCUGCCGACGCCUUGAUCUUGGACUUCCGGCCUCCGGAACUGGGAGGGAGUGGGUUUCUGUUUGUGGUCAGCAGAACAUCAGCUUUUGAUACGUGGCAGGUGCUGAAGGGGCUGGUGGAACACCGUGCACGUUGGUGGUGCUGACACACGCUGAGUGGGGGCACAUGCACGGCCUUUGUGUGCCUUACACUCCCCUCCCCCGCCCCCAGGCCCCGUGCUGCACACCCACCCCCAGGGGUGCAGGGAGGGGAGGAAACACGCAGUAAGGGGUAUGCCCAGGGAUGCCGCCAUCCUGGGGACGCUUCCGAGGCCAGACUGGGGCGAGCCCCCCCCCCCCAUGCUCCCUGUCCUUCAGAAACCCUCUGGCCGCAGGAGAGUGGACAUCCGGCUCUGUGUCUUCUGACUUUGCCACCAGGAAGGCCUUCCCUGCACCCCAUUCCCAGCCUUCCUACUGCACCAGAGCUGCUUCCUCCCCGCGGCCUCCUGCCGGCACUGAGCCAGAGGGGGGGCGGUCAGCUGCUCCCACCCUACAGCUCCGCUCCUGCCCCUGCGCUCCUGCCCCUGCGCGGCUGGGUCAUGCGGCACUGCCCCAGGAGGCGCAUGCAACGCGCUGGUGGCCCCGCGGGGGCCCCCGGAGGUGUGUGUGGGUCGGGAGGCGGGCGCACCUGAGACGUCCCACCGGAGCUGGCCGGGCAGCACCAGCGCGGGCCCCUCCCUGGUCAACCUGCCCCCGAGUUGUGGGCUUUCUCGGGUGGGCCUCCAGGGUGCCCGCCCCAGGUCUGUUUCCCCAGUGACGCCUCCUCUGCCAAGCAGCCAGGUGAGCGCGGGAGCCGCCCAGGACAAACAGCCCCUUCCUGCCCCGGGCGGUAGACCUGUCAGGGGUGGAGCGCGUGGCCGGGCUCCUGCCCCUUCUGGGCUGACCAGGGGUGGCUGAGGUUUUCAGGGGAGACGCAGGAGGUAGGGGUGGCGGCUGCCACCAGGAAGGAGGGGGCAGGAGGCCUUCCCAGCAGCUGACAGAAGCACCCGGGCUUCCUUGGGCCUUUGUAGGGGUUGUGGACGGUGUCCCCAAGUGGGGGUUCUGCUGCAGACUCACUGGGCCUCCCAGCCCUUCAGCCCCAUGGUGGGGGGACCUGAUCUUUCUCAGGUCCCUCCAGCUCGGGAGGCCGAUGUCAGGGCUGGGGCAGAGCCAGUGGUGGUGGAGUGUCUCCCUGGCCACGGCGGGGCUCCCUGAGACGCGCCCUGAGACUCGCACGUAGUCCGGAGUCAGGAGAGGCCCCCACCCAGAUGCUCAGAGACAGCACUGCUUCCUUUCCUGGGCCAGAGCAGAGGGUGGGCUGGGCCCAGGCAGCUGGGCUGGCCUCCCCUCCCACACCGGCCUCUUGGCCAGCAGGAAGCUGCCUGGGGACAGAGGCCUUCUGUUCCCCAGCCUGAGGGCCUGCUGCCCAGGCCCCCGCGGCCGCCUUCCGGCAAGACUCUCCAGGAUGGACAUGGGGAGCGCUGCCAGCCCACCUCCUCGGGGCUACCCGGGGCCAGUGCCCUGUGAUGCCCCCCCUCAGGCCACCACAGAAGCCCCAUGGCUGACUCUUGGCUGGACCCUGCCCCGGGCCAGGGUUGGGGGUCAGGGUCUGCUCUGGCCUGGGGGAGGCCUGCAGCUGGGCAGCCAAGGCUGAGGGGUCUCACUUGUCCACCAGGUGCAAGGAGGUGGGGCCCUGAGCCCUGGGCCCUGCACCCACUGGGACCCUUCUCUCUGCCUCGGGCACCUGGUCAUGUCCCAUUCCUCCCCAUGCCCUCCACCCGGCCCGAGAUCUGUGCUAGCAUGUGCCCAGCGUCUCCCUCCCCUUCUGCCGUGGGGCUUCGGUCUUGUCUGUGUCGCUCUCCAUCUCUGUGUGUGUCCCCUCUUCCUCUCCACUCCCCUUUCCGGUGGGACUAACUCCAGAUGUGCUGAGGGUGCCUGGAAAAGACGCCUUCCCUUAGGUCAGCCCCUCCCAGCUCAGCGCCCACCCCCCGCGUGGCUGCAUUUUGUUCCGGGAAAUAAACAGCGUGAGGUCAGCUCUCCAGGAAUUUGGAAGGGGGUACACAUUCCCAAGAGCCCCGAAAGCCUGGGGGCAUGGGGCUGGCUGGCGCAAGAGCGUGAGGUCAACAGUCUUGGUCAGCUGUGGCCAGCAGGAGGGGCCGUGCCUCAGGCUCUCGCGGCCAGGCCGGGCCGGGGCUGGGCACACACUGGCGCCUGGCCGACGGCAGACAAGUCAGCGGCCACAGGCCACACAUGUAGACCCAAUGAGUACAUUCAUGGGCCGGUGUCGAAAGAACAGACGGACGCCACAGAAGUCCCCUCGCUUGGCGAGCCUGGGAACGAGUCCAUCAGCAGCAUUUGCAGAGUGCCAGCUGUGUGCAGAGACUUUGACGCUCUCAGGAAGGAAGACAUUUAUGAGAACAACAAACUGGCCUUCCGUGUGGCCGAGGAGAAGCUGGGCAUCCCAGCCCUGCUGGACGCUGAGGACAUGGUGGCCCUGAAGGUGCCAGACCGGCUGAGCAUCCUGACCUACGUGUCCCAGUACUAUAACUACUUCCACGGACGCUCCCCCAUUGGGGGCAUGGCUGGUAUCAAGAGACCCCCGUCAGACUCCAGUGAGGAACCGUCCGGGAAGAAGGCCCCAUCCCAGCUGGCCAGGCCCUCACCCACUCCAGCCCAGGGGCAGCCACUGUCUCCAACCAGCACAGACCCCGCCGUCCAGUGGAAGGACAGAAGCUCAGGGGGCCUCCUGCUGAAGACCGGCCAGGCCUCCGCGAGCAGCUCCGUCAGCAGCACCUGUGGGGUCUGCAGCAAGCACGUGCACCUCGUGCAGCGACACUUGGCUGACGGGAAGCUCUACCACCGGAGCUGCUUCAGGUGUAAGCAAUGCUCCAACACGCUGCACUCUGGGGCCUACAGGCCCACCAGCGAGCCCGGUGUCUUCGUAUGUUCCAGCCACCACCCCGAGGCUGCCUCUGCAAGCUCCACGUGGUGGGGCCCGGCCCCCCAACAACCAGGGGCCGUGCCGUCAGACUCCAAGCUGCCCAGUGCCCCAUGGAAGGCCCAGGAGGCAAAUGGGCUCCGAGACACAGGGCCAAAGGUCAGGCCAGAGGCCCGGGAGCCGGUGGUGAGCAACUCAGCUGCCAAAGGUGUUCCCACCCCAGCUGACCCUCCGGCCACCGCCGCCUCCCAUGUCCACGCGGGGAGUCCGGCCGGGCCCAGGUUCUCGGCGGUCCUCCAGGGUGGCAAAGCCAGCAUGCGUGUGGCCAACAGCUCCCCAGCAGGCUGGUCAUCGCUGGUCGGGGAGACGGCAGCAGUCAGCCCCCGUCCUGCUCUGACACCGAGUGCCCCGGACUCUCGCCCGGCCACCCUCCAGGGCCGGGCGACCCCCCAAGCAGCAGCCCCCCAGACCAAGGUCAGUGUGGGCCCAGCGUCUCCAGGCCCAGCAGACACCCCAGGCUGGACCCCGUCAGCCUCCAAGAUCCAGCAGGCCCGGGAGAGGUUCUUCCAGACUCCUGGAGCUGCCCCCAGCCCUGGCCCAGCUGGCGGGGCCCCAGCUCCUGCGGAUGCACCUUCUGGGGACAGCAGCAGGGAGCAGGCGCUGAGCUGCCUCCUGAAGGCCCUUCCCAGGCUCGGGGACACCGGUGCCCGGGCGCCUGGCAGGCCCUCCCCUGCUCUGAAAUCCCAUACCAGAACCGAAGGGCCACAAGCAAGUCCAUCAGCCAAGCUGUCACAGAUGGUAUCCCCCCGGGCCCUUAACCCCCCUGCGAGGACUGAGCUGCCAGCCCCGCUGAGAGUGGGCACCACCUCACGGGCAUCCACAUCACCCCAGGGGGGCAGGAAGAGCCCACCUGUAUCCUCAGGGGCCAGCUGGGCAGGUGCCACCUCCAAGCUGAAGCCAGAGGCCCCACUGGCAAAGGGUGCGAGUGCCAGCCCCCAGGAAGGCCAGGAGGAUGGGCCGGCAGGAUGGAGGGCCCGCCUGAAGCCUGUGGAGAAGAAAAGCCCUGCUGAGAGGGUCCUGGCAGAGCCUCGGAUGGGUGAGGCACCUGGGAAGGUCCGUGGGAGCUCCGAGGGGCCUGUCCACGUCCCCCCGACCCCUCUUCGGCCUGACAGGACAGCGGGCGCGGCUAGCCCCGGGCCCAGCCCCUCGGCCGCCUCCCCGUCCCCGUCCCCAUCCCGCCGCAGGAAGCUGGCCGUCUCUGCCAGCCUGGACGUUUCUGCCAACUGGCUUCGUUCUGAGCCCUCGGGGCAGGAAGUCCCAGCCCAGAGCUGGAAGGAAGAGGAGAAAGGGAAGCUCUCUGCUCAGGGCAAACCAGCAGGGAGGCCCUUGGGCUCGGCUGGUGUCCCCGCUCCACCCGGCAAGGCAGUGACCAACCGUGCCAGGCUGCACCCUGACUACAUGUCCCCGGAAGAGAUCCAGAGGCACAUGCAGAACAUCGAGAGCCAGCUGGACGCCCUGGAGCUCAGGGGCGUGGAGCUGGAGAAGCGUCUUCGCGCCGCUGAGGGGGAUGCCUCCGAGGACACCCUCAUGGUGGAGUGGUUCCAGCUCAUCCACGAGAAGCAGCUACUGCUGCGGCAGGAGUCGGAGCUGAUGCACAAGGCCAGGGACCAGCGCCUGGUGGAGCAGCAGUUGGACCUGGAGGGGGAGCUGCGUCAGCUGAUGGCCAAGCCCACGUUGGCAGAUGAGCAGACCCUGUGCCCACUGCCCCCGAGACCCUUCCCCCACCUCCGGGGACACUGUGUCCCUGAGCAGGGUGGGGCGGCAGGGCUGCCGCUGAAGGCGGGCUGUCCCUGCAGAGGGUCUGAAGUCCCUCAAGGACCAGCAGCGCGAGGAGGAUCUGCUGCAGCAGUAUAUCAGUACGGUGGAGGACCGGAGCCACAUCGUGGACUUCCUGGAGGAGGACCGCCUCAGAGAGCAAGAGGAGGACGAGAUGCUACAGAACAUGAUCCAGAGUCUGGACCUCCAGAAAAGCAGCGGGGACCAGAAGAAGAAGUCCAAGUUCAGCUUGUCCAGGGUCUGGUCCCUGAGGAGCAAAAGCAGGACCCCCGAGUGAGCCGCCUGGCUGGCUGCAGGACCUGUGCCCUUGGCUCGGGCAGGGUGGGCACCGUGGGAGUGGGAACAUGGGGGUGGGGACCUGCACCCCUCCCCAUGGGGUCUGAGCCACCACAAUAAAGAAAGUGACCACGUGAUG